AUGUCCUCAUUAAAAGGUAGAAAAGAGGAGUUUGUUACUGGUUUAGUUGGUGGAUCAAUAGGUGAAAUCAAUUUAGUUACCUCAGUGGCUGUAACAUCCUAUUUUUGCUGGAAUCUAAUACAUAGUGCCGAUAAGAGUAAUGACGGUUUCCAUCCAAUUCUGGAUUUCGCCCUUAAUUGGCUUACUCCUCUAUUAUCUAUGACAUUAUAUGCCAAUGAUAUUCCCAAAUUGACAACUCUGAUGUUACUUCCCACACUAUCAUACUGGUUAUAUUAUAUCUUCGAUAAAUACAAGACAGUCAAGAAGAGCAAAAGCAGGAGUAAUAGUAACAACAAUUCUCAACAGUUUAAGUUGGUAAGAAAACCAUAUAUUACAGCAUAUCGCUCCGGAAUGCUAAUUUUGACUUGCUUAGGUAUUUUAGCUGUUGAUUUUCAAAUAUUCCCUCGUAGAUUUGCUAAAGUUGAAACUUGGGGUACCUCUCUAAUGGAUUUAGGUGUUGGAUCAUUUGUCUUUAGUAACGGUCUCGUAUCUUCACGAACUCUUUUGAGGCAAAAAUCAAACAAGACUAGUUUUUGGAAAAGAAUAGGAAGUGCACUAAGGUCAAGUACAACUUUGUUGUGUCUUGGUCUGCUAAGACUAUACUUUGUUAAAAAGUUAGACUAUCAAGAACAUGUUACCGAGUAUGGUGUCCACUGGAAUUUCUUUAUCACAUUGGCGUUACUUCCUAUUGUUUUAGUUCUAAUUGAUCCAAUAGCGGAGAUCAUUCCAAGAUUUAUCAUUGCAUUAGUAAUUUCCUUCAUUUACGAGUGGUAUUUGAUCAAAGAUGAGAACUUUUUGAAGUUUUUGAUUUUAGCUGAAAGAAAAGAUUGGAUAAGCUCAAAUAGGGAAGGCAUUGUUUCAUUUAUGGGUUAUUGCGCAAUCUUCCUGUGGGGCCAAAGUACCGGUUUUUAUCUUUUGGGUAAUAUUCCAACAAAAAACAAUCUGUAUACAAACUCUGUUACAGUCUUAAUUCCAAAGAAAAACAAAAAGGUCAGUACGUGGGAUAAAUUAACAACGGUAACACCGUUAAAAGGUUUACUAAUUUGGUUUUUAAUACUUGUCGUAUUCGCUCAGACUAUUUUCACCUUCCAUCCACAUAAUAUAUCGAGAAGAUUUGCUAACCUCCCUUACACUAUUUGGGUUGUUGCUUAUAAUGUAGGAUUUUUAACCGUCUAUUGUGCCGUUCAUAGGUUAUUUGAUAAAGCAUGUGAUGAGGACCCAUCUAAAUUACCUGACCAAUUGGAAGCCAUGAACUGCAACGGGCUAUUUUUAUUCCUUCUAGCCAACAUUAGCACAGGCUUGAUUAAUAUGUCGAUGGCGACAAUUGAUGCAACAGACUCCGUUGCCAUCAUCACGCUCAUCUCAUAUGCAGCAUUUUUAGCCUUUGUUUCUACCUUCUUAUACAAGAAAAAGAUCUUUAUUAGACUUUGA